AUGAUUCAUGAUCAAACAGAGAGAAGGGAAAGUGGCAAAGUUCGCUAUCCUUCCUUGAGCAACCGGAGGCAGAGCUUAGACGAAGCCCCUCCUACAGAUCAAGACGCCCUGCGCGCAUUGAUCGAGCACGCAGAGAGAGCGACGGAUGAUCCAUUAGCUCUUCCAGCCUUUAUGGCACUGGUCAACAAGAAUCAGACACACACAGCGGCAUUUAUACUAACAUUAGCAGCUGCUUACAAGGAAGAAAAAGCCCUCCGUCUAGAGAAGGAGGCUGAGCAUCAAGAAGUCCUCCAGGAGAAGGAAACUUAG